AUGGACUCUGGAGCGCACCGGUCGUUCUGGCGAGAGCGUGUUUGCAAGACGGCACCCAUACCGCGGUGGCUCGCGCACGGCAUCGAUGCGUUGCUCAUAGCGUUGGUAGUGAUCGCUUUCGGGGCGAUGCUCUCGGAAACAGCGCGCUCGGUGGCAGACCCAGCCUCAAGAGCCGUGCUCGCGCACACGGUGCGGCCAGCUAUGGAGCAUACGCUUUCUUCAGAGAGCAUCUCGGGACGCUUGGAAUCGUUCCGAAGCCUGUUCGCCGGAGUCUCUAAUCGGUGCUGUCGCGCGGCGCUCGCACCAGGUCUGGCGAACGGUGUGUUGGGGCGCGUCCUGCCCAGGCAAAAUGAGGGCGCGGUUGCUUUUCCUGGUAAGCAAACUGACGGAUCGCGGCUCUCGAGUGCGGCGUCCGUUGUAACAUGGCCACAAACGAGUUUUGUGCGGGCACUUUUAGAAAGCGUGGCUCGCCCUAACGAAGGUGCGGGAUCUGCCGGGGACGAUCGCCUUAUAAUAGCGUUUGUUCUAUUCACCGUUUUCGUCUUACUGGCCCUGUACAUUCUUGGCGUCUGUGGAUCCCUCAGAAAAUGCGGGUAUGCCGCUUGGUUUGGUCUGAUGCCAUUUACGGGUCAGGUCGCUCUAUGUGAAGCGGGCGGCAACGUGUGGCUCUGGGUCCUUCCCAGACUCUUCACCAAUCCGCCGUUUUCAACAACAGCGAAUGCAAUCAUAUGCUAUGGAUUUGCAGUGUCUUUCUUGGGCAAGCGCGAACAAGAUGAAGCAGGAGGUUUGGGCGCGCGGCCUGCGACGACAUCGAUUUGGGAUGAUUUUACGUGGAAAGCCUUCUGGCUCACAGUCGGUCUAGUGUUCUUUCCGUUCGUCUCUUUCCCUUUGGUUGCUUUGAGUGAUUCACUCCAGUACGAUGCAUGCUAUCGAGCACGCCUGGCGGAGAGGGUCAGGGCCGCGGCGCCCUCGGCGGGCGAAUACAUUGCCCUACCCUAG